AUGACGUCAUCAGACGGCGCCGGAGGGGCGGGACCCGAGCGAGGCCGGCCCGGGGCCAUGAAGGAGGCGCCGAAUUCGGGGGGGCCCCUCCCCAACGGGCUGGGGGAGGGUGGGGGAGGGGCGGGGCCUCUUUUGGGCUGCCCCUCCCCCCCCUGCGCCCCUCCCCCACCCCCCGUCCCGGGGGGGCCAAUCCUGAUCAGCAACGUCACCGGAGGGGGAGGGGCCGCUCCUGGCCACGCCCCCCAGGCCCCUCCCCCCACCAGGGCCACGCCCCCGACCCAGCCCAGCCCCCCCCUGCGCGAAGAGCACGUGACCUGCGUCCAGAGUAUUUUGGACGAGUUCCUGCAGGCCUACGGGAGCCUGAUCCCCGUCAGCGCCGACGAGGUCGUGGAAAAACUCGAGGACAUUUUCCAGCAGGAAUUCAGCACCCCCCAGAGGAGGGGCUCGGUGCAGCAGUUAUUGCAGUCCUACCAGCGGCUCCCGGGGAACGCGCUGCUCCGAGGGUUCCGCGUCAGCUACAAGCGCCACGUGCUCACCAUGGACGACCUGCAGACCCUGUACGGCCCCAACUGGCUCAACGACCAGGUGAUGAACAUGUACGGGGACCUGGUCAUGGACGCCGUGCCUGACAAGGUGCAUUUCUUCAACUCCUUUUUCUACGACAAACUCCGCACCCGCGGCUACGAGGGCGUGCAGCGCUGGACCAAGAACGUGGAUAUUUUCGGGAAGGAGCUGCUGCUGAUCCCCAUCCACCUGGAGGUGCACUGGUCGCUGGUGGCCGUGGACGUGGCGCGCAGAACCAUCACCUACUUCGACUCCCAGCGCACGCUCAACCGCCGCUGCCCCAAGCACAUCUGCCGCUACCUCCAGGCCGAGGCCGACAAGAAGGAGCGGCCGGAUUUCCGUGAGGGGUGGAGGGGAGCCUUCAAAAUGAACGUCGCCCGGCAGAACAACGACAGCGACUGCGGCGCCUUCGUGCUGCAGUAUUGUAAAUUCCUGGCUCUGGGGCGCCCUUUCAGCUUCACGCAGCAGGACAUGCCCCACCUGCGCCGCCUGAUGUACAAGGAGCUCUGCCACUGCCAGCUCGCCCUCUGAACCCCCAAAA